AUGAAUCUUUGGGCUCCGAGGAAUGACUGUUCCCACAACUUGAAGGAAAACAUGCAGAAUGACACAAUAGAAUCCAGUAAGAUGACAAUAGCAAUAAUCGCCUUGUCACAGACUGUAAUUGGAACACUGGGCAACUUCUGUCUGCUUUGCCAUUACCUCCUGCACGGCCACACUGAAAGCAGGUUGAGGGCCACAGAUCUGAUUCUCAAGCACCUGACUAUAUCUAACUCCUUGAUCAUUCUCUCUGCAGGAGUCCCCCACACAGUGGCAGCUUUUGGGCUGAAACAUUUUUUAAAUUAUUUUGGAUGCAGAUUUCUUUUGUAUGUUGAGAGAGUGGGCAGGAGUGUAUCCAUUGGCACCACUUGCCUCUUGAGUGUGUUCCAGACCAUCGUGAUCAGCCCCAUGAGCUCCUGUUGGAAGCAUCUUAAAAUCAAAGCCCCAAAGUACAUUGGGUUUUCAAUCUCCCUUUGCUGGAUCAUUUACAUGGUUGUAAAUUUAAUUUUUCUGGUGUCAGAGUUGUACAUGUCUAGCAAAUGGAGCAGGAAAAACAUUGUAAAGAAAAGAGAUUUUGGAUACUGUUUUGCUACUGACCAGGGGAAAAUCAGUGGCUCAGUAUAUGUAGCAUUAAUAGUAUUCCCUGAAGUUUCCUUUACUGUGGUCAUAAUCUGGACGAGCGGUUCCAUGGUUUUCACCCUGCACAGGCACAAGCAGCGGGUCAAGCACAUUCACAGGAAUCAUGUUUCCCACAGAUCCUCCCCUGAGUCUAGAGCCUCGCAAAGCAUCUUCAUUCUGAUGAUCACCUUUGUAUCUUUUCAAACCCUCUCCUCCACUGUUCACCUUUGUAUUGCUCUCAUUGAUCAUCCCAAUUGGUGGUUGGUGAACACUGCUCGCCUAAUUUCUGUGUGUUUUCCAACUGUCAGCCCCUUUCUGCUCAUGAGCCGUAACUCCACUGUAUCUAGGCUCAGCUUUGCACGGAGAAGAAAUACAAAAUUUGCUAAUGUAAUCAGAAAAAUGGAAAUGGUAGAUUUUGGCACCAUGUUCAGUUAUUUAUUCACUAAUCCUACUUGA